UAAAGCUUUAAAAGUCGAUUAAAUAAAGCCUCCAGAUGGAGAAUCCAGGCUUCCAGACAUCCAAAGAUGAUCCUCCACAGUAUGAAGAGACGUCUUUCUGCACAAACGGUUUCGGGAACGGGGAACGCAGAGCCAUUCGUUCAUCUGUGGUCAGCGCUUUUGGACAUGACACUUUGGACCGCGUGCCGAAUCCUGAUUUUUACCGAAACGCAGCGAGCAUCAGCGGACACAGAGCUGUCAGACCUUCCCUACACGAGCUGCAUGAUGUCUUCCAGAAAAAUGGAGGCCUUAAUCUUCCCAGUCCAUUGGAGGACAGUGAGGGAGUGGACAGCUCCACGCUGGGCGAUGUGGAGUCCGUCACCCCGUUGGAGGAGAAGGACACGGGGGGUGUGGUCAAAUUCGGCUGGAUCAAAGGAGUUCUGGUGCGCUGCAUGCUGAAUAUCUGGGGUGUGAUGCUCUUCAUCCGACUCUCCUGGGUGUUUGGACAAGCAGGAAUCGGUUUGGGGAUAGUGGUGGUGUUGUUGAGUGUGGUUGUGACCAGCGUCACCUGUCUGUCCAUGUCAGCGAUCUGCACUAACGGUGUGGUACGAGGAGGAGGAGCAUAUUACCUCAUCUCCCGCAGUCUGGGCCCGGAGUUUGGUGGCUCCAUCGGGCUGAUCUUCGCCUUCGCUAAUGCUGUGGCCGUGGCCAUGUAUGUUGUGGGAUUCGCUGAAACUGUGGUGGAGCUUCUCAAGGACAGUAAUGCUCUCAUUGUGGAUCCCACAAAUGAUAUCCGGAUCAUCGGCUGCAUUACGGUGGUGCUGCUGAUGGGCAUCACUGUGGCCGGAAUGGAGUGGGAGGCAAAGGCUCAGGUGGCUCUGCUGGUCAUCCUGCUGGUGGCCAUUGCUAAUGUGUUUGUGGGAACAGUGAUUCCCUCCACACAAGACAAACGCUCUAAAGGCUUCUUCAACUAUCACGAAUCUAUUGCAAAGGAAAACUUCAUACCGGACUUCCGGGACGGAGAGACCUUCUUCUCUGUUUUCGCCAUCUUCUUCCCUGCGGCCACUGGGAUUCUGGCUGGAGCCAACAUCUCUGGAGAUCUGAGGGAUCCUCAAGAAGCUCUGCCCAAAGGAACGCUGCUGGCCAUCUUCAUCACCGGGGUCACGUACCUGGGCAUUGCACUGGUCGUCUCGGUCACUGUCGUUCGAGAUGCGACGGGGAACCGAAACGACACCAUUCAAGCCGGUGCGAGCUGCAACUUCUCCUCGGCCUGUGAUUUCGGCUACGAUUUCUCCAUCUGCCAGACGACCAAAUGUAACUACGGCCUCAUGAACAACUUCCAGGUAAUGACUCUGGUGUCUGGAUUCGGACCUCUCAUCACUGCAGGAACAUUUUCGGCCACGCUCUCCUCAGCUCUGGCGUCUCUAGUGAGCGCGCCCAAAGUCUUCCAGGCUCUGUGCAAAGACAACAUCUACAAGGCGCUCAAGUUCUUUGCCAAAGGUCAUGGCAAAAACAAUGAGCCGAUCCGAGGAUACAUCCUGACCUUCCUCAUAGCCGUAGCCUUCAUCCUUAUUGCUGAGCUCAACACCAUCGCUCCCAUCAUCUCCAACUUCUUCCUAGCCUCAUACGCACUCAUCAACUUCUCCUGCUUCCACGCCUCCUACGCCAAAUCCCCAGGCUGGAGACCGGCGUAUAAAUACUAUAACAUGUGGCUGUCUCUGUUCGGAGCUGUGCUCUGCUGUGCUGUGAUGUUUGUUAUUAACUGGUGGGCAGCGCUGCUCACAUACGGCAUCGAGUUCUUCCUCUACAUCUACGUCACGGUCAAGAAACCAGGUAAAAAUGCAGAUUAUGUAUAUUAG